AAAACAAGUCAAACAAGCAUUUUUAAAGACGUGAAGUUUAUUUGCUUAUACAUUUUUGAUUAUGUUUGGAGAACGUAGUUUCCUGAUGUAUCCUGUAGUGGGCAGUAACGCAGCCGAUCGCCUCUAAACACCAAAGAAGAAGAAGGUUUUUCGAAAUCCACAGGAGGGAAACAAGGCUCUGUAAAACUGUAAACACUGAAUAACGAUGGAGUUUGAUGGCUCUGUUUUAUACCGCCAUGCAGAGAAGACGGGUGCAGAGGAAGGACUCACACAGUGGAUGACCCUCCACUGUCUGCGGUGCAGCACCGUGCUGGGGGAUUCCUUGAGUGUGUGUGGGGAGUGUGUGAACUCCAUCGUGUGUUUGAGAGUAACCGGUGACGUUGUGGUCAGUGAGACCAUGAAGUCGGGAUCCAAAGGGGAAAUGGUGGAUUGCAUCUACAGCUCUCUGAAGUGCAGAGGCUGCCGCUUCGCCGUGGGUUCAGUGAUCCACUCCUCUCCGCCCGGUCUGGCUGCGGUCCGCUCCAUGUUCCUGCUGCACAAAACAAACAUCACCUGUUACAUCCUGAAACGCAGCGCCAUGGUGAACGCCUCCUCACUCACCUUUGAGAUGAAGCACCUCAGAGCGAGCAUGGACCAGAUGCAGCAGGAGGUUGAAGCGCAGAUGGAUCUGCUGUCACUAUGUCAGAGCAGACUGUCUAACAGCGGGGUGUCUGUCAGCCAGAGUUUUUAAUCCGUCUGGAAACCUCCGGACGUGUUUGUGUUGUAAAUUGUUAUUACAAACGUCUGUAAUGCAGGCCUUUCUCUCAGCCUUGCUCACUCAUUUAAUAAAGCUCUGCAGAUUGUGGACUUUGUAUGCUGCAGAUGCAUUGUGGGUAUUGUAGUGCAGCACUCCUGUCUGUUGUUUCCAUCCCUGAAUCUGUUUUGGGACGGCACGUGCAUUAACACAUGUUGGACUCACUCAGAAAAUGGAAGCGCUUUGAAACGACAAUUUCCUAACGUUAUAAAUUGUGAGCGUGCUUUCUAGUUUUUGGAAACACAUAUAUUUAUAUAGAGAGAGAUCAUAAGGGUUCACUUGUGAUAGCAUCUGUCCUGUUUUGUCUCUAUCUUUGUUGUACAUCCUGUUCUGUAAAUAAAGGCAAUAGAACACACCUUCA